AUGGACGUCCGAUCGCCGAUCGAGAACUCCAGCAGUUCUGUGGCGCUGUCGGCUUCGUUUAACCUCAAUUGUGACUGCUUUGUCGUAGCCACUAACAAUGGCUUCCGAGUCUUUGAUGCGGCCACGUGCAAGCAGCUGGCAAAACGAGUCCUGAAAGAAGGCGGUGUUGGCAUGAUUCAGAUCUUUGGCCGGUCGAAUAUCAUUCCGCUGGUGGUCAUCUGGGACGAGAAAAAGGUAGAGUUUACGCGGGAGAUUGCCUGCUCGUCUCGCGUGCGCGGCAUCCGCGUGCUGGACCGCAAGGUCGUCGUCCUGCUGCAGGACGAGGUGCGUACCUACAGCAUUGACGGCGUACCCAAGCUGGAUGCCCGGUUCCCGACGACGUCCAAUCCAGCCGGCCUCUGCAGCAUCUCGGGGACACAUCUGGCCUUUCCCGGCCGGACGGCCGGCCAGGUGCAGCUGGUGCAGAACCAGACGCAGGCUGUCAGCAUCAUCCCGGCGCACGCAUCGGCGCUGGGUGCCAUCGCCCUGAGCCGCGACGGCUCGCUCCUGGCCACGGCCAGCGAGAAGGGCACGCUCGUCCGCGUGUGGUCGACGGCCAAUAACGCCCGCGUGGCCGAGCUGCGGCGGGGCGUCGAUCACGUGACCAUUUUCUCGCUGGGCUUCAACCCGUCCGGCACGCUGCUGGCCUGCACGUCUGACAAGGGCACGCUGCACGUCUUUGACGUCCCGCACGCGGGCGGCGGUGUCCUGGACCAUCUCCACGGCGGCCCGGCACAGGUGGAGGCGUCGGACGCCGGCGGCGCGUGGAGCUACGAAGACUCGGACGUGGCCUCGUACGCGAGCGACCCCCGGACGGACGGUGGUCGAGGAGGCGACGGGUCUGGCCGCUGGGGCGUGCUCGGCAAGCUGCCGUUCAUGCCCAGGUACUUUCGCGACACGGUGUCGUUUGCCAGCGCCGAGUUCGCCCUGGACGACGGGCCUGGCCCGAAUCGGCAGCGCGAGGCCGAAGAGGCAGCCACCAUGCGCUGGACCCGUCUGCCCCGAGGGACUCUCGGCUGGACGAGCGACGACACCGUGGCCGUGCUGGGAGCCGGCAUCGAUGCCAAGUACGAGCGGUUCGUGGUGUCGGUCGGUAACGAUGGCCGGCGCGUGUGUGUACGACAGGCGUGGGCCAACUACAUGGGAAUCGACUAG